CAUGAUGAUGAUGAUUUGGGUGGCACUGCUGUUGGGGAGCUGCAGCUUGUCAACAGGCUUUCCAGUUAAUUCAACAAGUGGAGCUGCUUUGGCCUCAGCAACACCACAGCUAGGAGUCUCUCACAAUGCGAGUGGAGAGACCUUAACAGAGCUACAAGGUGAUCAACCAACUCUGGAAGGAGACAUCUUAUUGGAGGAAGACCGGAAUGCUGUUAACACCGUCUGGUCAGAUGGAGUUGUUCCAUAUGUCAUUGAUCCAGAAAUUGCUUUUCGUACUGCAGAUAUUCUAAAAGCCUUCAACAUGAUCAUGUCGUUGACGUGCAUUCGCUUCGUGCCACACACAUAUGAGCUGAACUACAUCGAAAUUAAGAAUGGACAAGGUUGUUCAUCUUACGUGGGCUGCCGUGGGGGCUCCCAGCCUGUGUACUUCGAAAGCACAUGUACUUCCGGAAACUUGUGCCAUGAGCUAAUCCACGCCCUGGGGAUGUACCACGAACACACCCGCCCUGAUCGAGACGACCACAUCAUCGUCCAAUGGCAGAGCAUCAUACCAGGCAAGAGUUCAAACUUUGACAUCAAAGUAGGAAACACUCUAAACCUGCCGUAUGACUUUGAGUCCAUAAUGCACUAUGGAAGAAACUACUUCAGCGUUGAUGGGAGUCCGACCAUCGAGACUAAAGGGAGUGCCGAAAUUGGUCAAAGAUCACAUCUGAGUCAGCUGGACGUGCAGAAGCUGAAUGCACUCUACCACUGCUAGUGAAGAUGAGCAGAUGAAGCAAUUGAUAAUAAAAAAUUUUUUUUUU